CAAAACUGCUUUUCAUGUUUAUUUAAAUGACCAGACAUUCUGUUCUGUUUCUGAAAUCAACAAAAAUGCCCUUCUGAAAGAUAUAGAGGAAUUCAAGGCCUCUAGAAAUUCCCGGUGUAUUGGGCUCUUUACUUCCUUCUUUCACCUAAAUUAAAAGGCUGUCGAGUCAAAAAGUGAAUAUAAGAACCACUAGUUUUCCAGUCAUUUAAUACAAUCUUCUAAUCAAAUAUCUGUCCUUUUUCACUUUUAAGCCAUAGUCACCUGGUAUAAGUUUCUUGUAAACUGGCCAAUCGAAAUCUGCUGAAUCUAAACAAACUUAAACACUCCUAGGAAACUUCACCAGGAUUUACAGUCAGCUGGUGUUUUGUGUUUUUGAAAUUCACUGUGAAAUAUCUCAUAGUCUUCUUAGUCAUCUGGAUUUAUGUUGCUAGUUAACAUUAGCGUCCAAUAUAAGAUGCUAGCAGUUAGAUUAGAUAAUACCCUAUCGGAUACAGUUCAACAACAAACAAGCAGGUGCACAUGUGAGAACUACUUGCUGUAACAAUCAGUAACAGCGUGAGUCAAAGUCCUUUGGUUCAUCACCAUAAACCUGAUCCCCUUCGAACACAUUGGAGGGCACACUUAAACCAGCAGCAGCAUUUAGUCACACACACUUUCUAUCACAAUGGAGAGAGGACUCUUUCUGCUGGGGCUUGUGGUUUUGACUACAUCCUCCACCAUACCGCGUUUCAGUGAAGUACACGAGGUGUACGAGAAUGGCGAAGAUGAGAACCCCAUCCUAAACAUUGAUUCUGAUGCUGACCUCUUUGAGGGAGACAUUUUGCUUCCUAAAGAAAAGAAUGCCCUGGUCAACCAAAGAUAUAGGUGGAAAUUUCCAAUCCCUUACAUUCUUGGGGAUGAUUUAGAUCUGAACGCUAAAGGUUGCGUCCACCAGGCGUUCGAGAUGUAUCGUCUCAAGUCUUGUGUUGACUUCAAGCCGUAUGAGGGAGAGAAAACUUACAUCAAGUUUGAGAAGAGGGGAGGGUGCUUCUCAAGCGUUGGCGACCAGCAGAAUGGUCAGAUCUUAUCUUUGGGAACAGGCUGUGACCAUAAGGCUGUGAUUGAACACGAGCUGCUGCACGCUCUGGGAUUUUACCAUGAACAGUCUCGUACAGACAGAGAUGACUAUGUUGACAUUUGGCUGGACCAGGUGACACCAGGACUUGAGCACAACUUCAACAAAUACAACGAUGACUUCAUCACCGAUCAAAACACGGCGUAUGACUAUGAAUCUGUUAUGCAUUACCGACCCUUCUCCUUCAACAAGAAUGAAUCCAUUCCCACAAUCACCACCAAAAUUCCAGAGUUCUACAACAUCAUCGGCCAAUAUCGUGACUUUAGCAAGAUGGACACCCUGAGGCUCAACCGGAUGUAUAACUGCUCUGGGCCUCUCACCCUUCUGGAUCAGUGUUCCUUUGAGUAUGCAAGCAUCUGUGGGAUGAUCCAGUCUUCUAAUGACGAUGCUGACUGGGUCCAUUUGAAGAGCAGUGCAGGGGAUGAGGAUCAUACGCUCCUGGGAAGGUGCAGAGAUGCAGGAUACUUCAUGUACUUCAACACCCGGACCGGAGACCCUCUGCAGUCUGCUCUACUAGAAUCCCGAACCUUUUACCCCAAAAGGAAGCUCCAGUGUCUGCAGUUCUUUUACAAGAUGACUGGAAGCGCCCAAGACAAGCUAGUUGUAUGGGCCAAGAUAGACGAUGGCACCGGCACUGUCCGCAAAAUGAGGAAAAUACAUACCUUCUAUGCCGAUUCUGAACACUCUUGGAAGAUUGCCCAUGUUCCAUUGGAGAUAGACGUUAAGUUUCGCUAUGCUUUCCAAGCCACGCGCGGAGACCCCACCUCUUCCACUGGAGGCAUCUACAUCGACGACAUCAGCCUGACGGAGACACACUGCCCAAACGCUGUGUGGACAAUCCGUAACUUCUCCAAGAUCAUGGAAACGGCUAAUGUCGACACUGUUCUUGACAGCCCUCGCUUCUACAGCCGCGAAGGCUACGGUUACGGCAUACGUAUCAUGCCACUGAGCAGUUACAGUGAUUACACUGGGAACUAUGUAGGGCUCUACUUCCACCUGACCAGUGGGGAGAACGAUGCUGUGAUGAAGUGGCCAGCUGUCAACCGACAAGCCACCUUGGUGGUGAUGGACCAAGACCCAGAUAUUCUGCAAAGGAUGUCUUCUGCUCGCAGCCUCACCACUGAUAUGACGAUAUCAUCAGAUGGACAGUAUUUGUGGGAUAAUCCCUCCAAGGUCGGCACGUACGACUCCACCUGUCAGUGCUACCGAGGUUCAUCAUGGGGAUGGAGGAACUUCAUCAAGUACUUUGACCUCAGGCGGCGCAAUUACCUCAAAGAUGAUGACCUCAUCAUCUUUGCUGAUUUUGAAGACAUAACAUCACUCAUCAAAACAGAAGUUCCUAUUGUGUCGCAUGACUAAGGAUUUUAUAACACAACAAACUGCACUUCAUUGGAGUACAUGGAGCUGGAAUGAGAAGAAACAUCUGUGAAGAUGACGGCACAAGAUGUAUUAGAAGAUAUUACAAUGCAUUAAGAAAUGUCAAUAAAAGCCUUAAACAAGAA